AACCAAAUGGGAAGUCUCGACUCUUCCGGGAACCGGCACGCUUGAGUUAAGGGGACGGGAUUCAGGAUGGGUCUUCCCCAGCGCCAGUGCAGAGUUUUGUCUCCACUGUUGGGUUCAUUAUUUCACUCCGCAUUCUGAUCGCGCUGUCGUCUUAUGACUUAUCGACCUGAUAUUGAUAUCUUGACAUCCGUCACACAGGGACUACCAGCAAUUGGACAAACCUGAACAUGGCCGCGGACAGCAAGAGCCAGGUUGAGGAUUCGAGUCCAAUCGAGGGCACCCCGACCAUUGAGCCCAAGGAGGAUGUGCUUCCAAAAGAAACGGCCAAAGGGCUGGACUUCAUCAUUCGCGAUGCCAAAGCCGCUACCGACAAGGAGCGGAAAAUGACGUUAAUGCAAGGCAUCAGGCUGUACCCCAAAGCCGUGGCGUGGAGCAUCCUUAUCUCCACCUGCAUCGCCAUGGAAGGAUACGACAUCUGUCUGAUCAACAACUUCUACGGCUUCCCAGAGUUCAAGAAAAAGUACGGCGAGCAGUUACCGGAUGGAACGUGGGAGAUUCCCGCCCGGUGGCAAUCGGGACUCAGCAACGGUGCGAACGUCGGCGAGAUCAUCGGCCUCUUCAUCAACGGCUGGGUGUCCGAGAAAUUCGGUUACCGUUAUACCGUCAUGGCCUGCUUGAUCUUGAUCAUCGGCUUCACUGCCAUCUUCUUUACGGCCCAGACCGUUGUGCAUCUCCUCGUGGCGGAGAUUCUGUGCGGCAUCCCGUGGGGCGUGUUCCAGACUCUGACCAUCACCUACGCAUCCGAAGUGUGCCCUGUGCCGCUGCGAGGGUAUCUGUCUACCUAUGUCAAUUUUUGCUGGGGGUUGGGCCAAGUGAUUGGGAUAGGGGUCAUCAAAUCGAUGCUUUCUCGCACCGAUGAAUGGUCGUACCGGAUCCCCUAUGCGCUGCAGUGGAUGUGGCCAGUGCCGCUCCUGGUCGGGAUCUAUUUCGCCCCGGAAUCUCCCUGGUGGCUGGUCCGGCAAGGAAAGACGGACAAAGCCAAGGAAUCCCUCCUGAGGUUGACCAGCAAGGAUCAAGAAACGAACUUUGAUGCGGACGAAACGGUCGCGAUGAUGGUCCAUACGACGGCCCUCGAGGCGAAGAUUACCACCGGCGCAUCCUAUUUCGACUGCUUCCGAGGCGUCGACCGUCGACGAACGGAGAUUGUCUGCAUGUGCUGGGCCAUCCAAAACUUGAGCGGGAACUCCUUCUCGGGGUAUUCGGCCUAUUUCAUGCAGCAAGCCGGGUUGGAUCCGUCUACGUCCUACUCCUUUGCCUUAGGACAAUACGGCAUCAACAUGGCUGGCGUGUUCAGCGCCUGGUUCUUGAUGAGUCGCGGGAUCGGACGUCGAUCCCUUUAUUUCUACGGACUGUGCGGACUUUUCAUCAUGCUCUUCGUUCUGGGAUUCCUCGGACUCAUCCCCGACUCGCACGUACGCGAGCGUUCGCUUGCGACCGGCAGCAUGAUGAUCGGCUGGGCCAUGAUCUACCAGUCCACCGUCGGCACGGUGUGUUACUCGCUAGUCUCGGAGCUGUCCACGCGCCGUCUACAAAUCAAGACGGUUGUGCUGGGCCGGAAUCUCUACAACGUCGUCGGCAUCGUCUGUGCCGUCCUGACCCCCUACAUGCUCAACCCCGGCGAAUGGGACUGGGGGAACUUUGCAGGAUUUUUCUGGGCAGGGAUCUGCUUCCUGUGCAUUGUGUACACGUACUUCCGGCUUCCAGAGCCGAUGGGCCGGUCGUUUGCCGAAUUGGAUCUGCUGUUUGAGCAGCGGGUGCCGGCGCGGAAGUUCAGCAAGACGGACGUCGAUGUGUUUGCGGAGAAGGUGGAGGGCAGCGUGAUCGAGCAUUACGAGGAGGAACAGAGGAGGAACUCGUUGGUACAUUGAGAGCAGGCCAAGUUCCUGUUAUGAUAGCCUUAUGAUCAUAUAUAUAAAUACCUGACAGGCUAAUGGGCACCGUCGUUCGAUUUUGGUCGCCUUUCCUAGCAUUUGCUAAAUCAUGGUAGUGUAUCAAUCCCCUUGUACACAGUGAUCGUUGCUGAGUAUAUGUG